UUAAGUUUUAAGGGGUUUUCUUUUAAUAUAGAAAAUUCGUAGUGAACAAUUAAAUUAUUUGUAAAGUUUAAAUAACAAGUGAGAGAUUACCUAAAAAAUCCCUCUUCGGCGGAUGACGAGAAAUCCAAUCUCCCUCCAAAUUGCGCAUCGUUUAAAUUCCAGUGGGAAAGUGGAAACUACCAAAAAAAAAAAAAAACACUUCGAAUCACAAACUAUGUCACAAAUCCCACAUGGAAAUCCCCACUGCCCUCCUCAAAACAACCAAAACCAAAUCCCCUCAAAUCCAAAGUACCUCAAACAAAUCCAUGAUUUCUGCACAACAACGGAAAAACCAAAUCCUGCAAAUUGGUCUUACAUUAUAAGGAAUCACCUCUCUCAAGGAUCACUCGCACAAGCGCUUCUCCUGUACACCCGAAUUCGGCGUCAAGGAAUCUACAUUUUAGGCGUUCUUCCUUUGAUUCUCAAGGCCUGUGCUUCUCUUUCGUGCGUAAAUCGUGGGAAGGCAUUGCACGCCGAGUCUAUCAAGUCUGGUAUGAAUUCUGAUGUCUUGGUUGGCACGUCAUUGGUUGACAUGUACGCGAAAUGCGGGCAAGUUUUUGAGUCCCGGAAAGUGUUUGAUUAUAUGCCUGAGAGAAAUGUGGUCACAUGGAAUGCGAUGAUAGGUGGGUACUUGAGAAGUGGGGAUAAAACAUCUGCUUUGUUUUUGUUUGAGAAGAUGUCUAUGCGGACAUCUGUGACUUGGGUUGAGAUGAUCGACGGGUUUGCGAGGAGUGGAGACACGGUUAGUGCUAGGCGAUUCUUUGAUCAGGUUCCGCAGGAGUUGAAGAAUGUGGUUGUGUGGACUGUAAUGGCUGAUGGGUAUUCUAGCAAUGGGCAGAUGGAGGCGGCAAGGGAAGUUUUUGAGGCAAUGCCGCAGCGUAAUUUCUUUGUGUGGUCAUCGAUGAUUUCUGGGUAUUGCAAGAAAGGUGAUGUUAAGGAAGCCAAGUUCAUCUUUGACAGAAUCCCAGUCCGGAACUUGGUGAACUGGAAUUCGAUGAUAUCUGGCUAUGCACAAAAUGGAUUUUGUGAAGAAGCUUUGAACUCAUUUCACAAAAUGCAAGCCGAAGGCUUUGAGCCAGAUGAAUUUACUUUUGUGAGCGUUUUAUCUGCCUGUGCUCAGUCUGGGCUGUUGGACAUUGGCAAGGAUAUACAUAACAUGUUAGGCCAUAGAAGGAUAAAGCUUAGUCAGAUUGUUCUGAAUGCACUUGUAGACAUGUAUGCAAAAUGUGGCGAUUUGAUGAAUGCUAGGUUGAUCUUUGAGGGGAUGACUGAAAGGAACACAGUGUGUUGGAAUGCUAUGAUUUCGGGACUGGCCAUUCAUGGACAAUGCAAAGAGGCUCUUGAAUUAUUUGGAAGAAUGGAAGAUUCAAAUGAAAGGCCUGAUGAUAUAACCUUUAUUUCUGUUCUGUCGGCUUGUGCACAUGGGGGUUUUGUGGAUGAGGGCAUACAAAUUUUCUCCAAGAUGGAGAAUAUGGUUUGGUAGCAGGAGAUUAAGCAUUUUGGAUGCGUGGUUGACCUUUUGGGACGGGCAGGAAGAUUAAGAGAGGCUUAUGCUUUAAUCAAGAGAAUGCCAAUCAAACCAAACGACAUGGUCUGGGGGGCUAUGCUUGGAGCAUGCCGGGUUUAUAUGGAUAUGGAGAUGACGGAACAAGUAGUGAAGGAUAUUAGCACCCUCGAUUCAAACGUUGGGUCAGGUGAUAAUUCACAUUAUGUGCUUCUGUCAAAUAUAUAUGCUGCCUGUGAUAGAUGGGAGAAAGCUGAACGGACCAGGAUUGACAUGACAAGCGAAGGCUUUGAAAAGACUCCGGCUCGCAGUUCAUUUGUGCCCAGUGGCUCAUAACGUGUAUAUGGUACUUCUAGGUAAACCAUUGUUCCGUGGAAGAGCAGCAGUUUAAGACAUGGUGGUAGCUCCCGCCUUAGUUACUGCAUGCCAACAUAGUGUUUGAAAGGCAGCUUAGUUCUGGCGAUCCUGCAGAGGAUUUCUUUCAACGAAUUCAAACACCUUUUUUCAAACAACCUUAUAAUGAGCAAAGAAUUGAUUGGGAGCAGAAUGUCGGGCUUAUCCGUAAAAUCAGAGGAGUAUUUACGUCUGAACAUGAAAUCACAGCAAUGGAUAACGGAAAUGGUUGGUUGAGGCAUUGAAUAAAACUGGAGUGGCAGCUUGUAUCUACUUCUGAACAUGAAAUCAGAGCAAUGGAUCUUCAAAGAGAUUUUAGCAACAACGUAUUCUGCACGUUCAACACAAUUUUGCCAAUUGUCGUAACAAAGAACUCAUCUAUACUGCACAGACUUUCCUUCUUUUUCCCCUUAUGAAAAUCAAAA